ACCUGGUGACCAUGUCAGAGUCUUCAAUUUACAUCUCCACUGGGGAUACAGCUUUCCUCCCUGCCUCACUGAAUUUUUCCCUGCCCAUGCCAAAUUACUUUCAGCUGCGGUGGAGUUUUGUCACUGGCGGCUGGCUGGUGCUGAAGCUCAAGGCUAACAGUUGCACAGGGCAGACUGGAACCCAACACUGGAGGGACUUCUGCGAGAUCAGCAUUGAAACAAAAGAGAGGUAUCGGCAACGAGCUAAGCUGUUUGCUGAGGAUGCUUCGCUGGUACUCCAGGAUGUGAGAACUGAAGAUUCUGGGAUCUACAGAGUCACAGUGCUGGCUUUGGACAUGACCUCAUCAGCUAACAUCAACCUAACUGUAAUAAAAACGGAUCCGAAUAUCCCAGCCUCUUUUGUGAAAGCAGCAGAUGAUGUGGAUUCUAUGGUGUCCAAUUGCAUCCGUCUGGGUGUGGCUGGAAUGAUCCUGUGUCUCCUUGGACUCAUCAUCACAGUGCAUAUUUCCUCCACUCACUGUAAGCACAGAAAGAUGACAGCUGGAGAUGGAAGACAGACUACGCACGACGUUGCUGGGAUGGAAUCCACCGCUGCCAGUGGGCCAGGCUCCACCUUCCUGCUCAAGGAGAACCCAAGUUCAGAUGAGCUGCAUUGUAACAUUAACUGCUGAUCACGUGUCCUUGCCCCUGGCUUUUCCAUGCCAUUGGAAUGUUUAGAUGACUAUGUGUGUGUAAUGUGCUGUCAAGCUGCAGGCAACUUAUGGUGAGCCCAUAGGGUUUUCAAGGCAAGAAAUGAACAGAGGGAGUUUG